AUGGCAGCCCUCCGGCUCCCUGCUGGAGGGCGUCCCCCUGCGCAUACAGUCUCCUCGUCUUUUCAAGGUAAGUCUUUUUCGGAUCUGUUCAAACAGAAUGCGUCACAACCAUCGCUUUCCAUUGCGGCAGAAACGGCAACCCACAAAGGCGAACCAGCGAUUCUUUUUUCUCAGGCUACUGUGGACUCCUUGGCUGGUCCUUAUCGUUUUGCUUUAGUUGGGAAGUUCCCCAGGGGUAGGCCGAGACUGGAGGAGGUGCGUAAAUUCUUCUCAGCGCUGGAUCUAAGAGAGAUACCCACGGUGGGUUUGUUGGAUUCGCGGCAUGUGUUGAUUCAGCUACAGACUGAGGCUGAUUUCCAUAGAGUGUGGUUCAGGAGGGUGUGGUACGUGGCCUCUGCUCCUAUGCGUGUUUUCAAGUGGACACCAGGCUUCCAUGUUGACAGAGAAUCCCCUAUUGUCCCUCUGUGGUUCCAACUUCCGAAACUCCCACUGCAUUUUUUCCACAAGGAGGUGCUUUUCCAAAUCAUGUCCUGUGUUGGUGUGCCUCUGCUGGUAGACGCGGCCACGCUUGCGGUCUCUCGCCCGAGUGUGGCUCGCGUAUGUGUCGAAGUGGAUCUAUUGAGAACGUUACCGUCGCGUGUAUGGAUUGGGAAUGGAGACAGUGCUGGUUUUUGGCAGGAACUGGAGGUAGAGUUUUUACCCCAGUAUUGCACUCACUGCUGCCGCCAGGGUCAUGGCGAGAACAAUUGCCAUAUUUUGCAUCCGGAAAUGCGGCACUCUAUUGGGCAGCGGGCCAAACUGGGGGAUGUGCAGCGGGGGCAGGAAGAGAGGUCCUCUGCACGGGCUGAGGGGACGGCUGGAGCUCAGCGGCGAGAGAAGGAGGAGGUGCAGCAGCAGGGCUCGCUAAAAGGCCCAGCAGAUGCUCCCAAUGGGCCGGAGGUGCGGUCCUCCCUGGGUCAGGGGACGGUUGGAAGUCAGCAGCAUGGGGUGGAGGAGCUGCAACAGAAGGUUUCGCUAGGGGAGGAGGCGACGCUUCAGCAGGAGGAGCACCAGCCGCAGGUCACAGGGGUGGGGCUGCAGCCUGUCACGCUUCAAGCGUUGGAGAUGGGCUGCUCGGAGAUGGCUACUGGCCCAGCAGCGGGUGUGGGUGUGGGGUGUACGCUGGGUCUGUUUGGGAAAGAUGACGCCAACAUGGGAUCGGUAUGGGCUGGGGGGGCCGCGAUGGAGCAAGAACAGGUCUGCACUGCACGACUUGAGAAAGGAGAUGGGGUGGCGGACGAAGUCGCAGCGGUGCAGCGACAGGUUGGAAACUUAUCACCUAGGGGUGGGGGUGUUAUGGUGAGGAUACAUGAGGGAUCAUCAUCAUCAGUGGCAGGAUUGAAUCUUGAUCCUGUGGUAUCGUCUAGCAGUUUUGCACAAGAGGUAGAUGGGUUGGGGAAGGCGGGGGUGGCUCAUGCCCCUAAUCUAUCACGCCUAAGAAAGUUAAUCAAAUUGCACUCUUUACAAUUAGUUGUGGUUGUUGAGCCCAAGACGGGCUUGGAUAAUCGCACUGCCAUUAGACUACGGUUGGGGAUGGACUACUGCCUCUCUAAUCAGGAGGGUUCAGUUUGGGUGUUUUAUCAGUCUUUGUUUGCUUGUCAGUGUAUCGGGGAGUCGUCACAACAUCUGACUAUCCAGGUGCGCUCGCAUCUAUUUCCUACCCCUAUUCAUUUGUCUUGUAUUCAUGCCAAGUGUACGGAACACGAAAGGGAGAUUUUAUGGCAUGACUUAUUAAGUGAUAACUCGGGGUCAUAUCCGUGGUUCUUAGUGGGGGAUUUUAAUAUGAUCACAAAUGGAGAGGAGAAGAGGGGGGGCCUGCCAUUUAGACCUUUGGAGGGUGUGGAUUUCCUCAAUUUCAUGUCCGAAGCAGGAGUGGUGGAUGCAGGGUUCUCAGGGUCUAGGUAUACCUGGUGCAAUAAUCGUCCAGGUCCGGCUCGGAUUUGGAAACGCUUAGAUAGACUCCUUCUUAAUGGGACUGCAUUGGGGAUGCCCCACCAGGUCACGGUUCAACACUUGGGCAGGGAUCCAUCGGAUCACGCUCCGUUAUUGUUAUCCGUGGUAACGCGGCUGGAUAAUAAACCAAGGCCUUUUCGUUUCUUGAAUGUUUGGACCAUGCAUGAGGAUUUUUUAGGGGUGGUUCGUGAAUGCUGGGCACAGCCGGUGGGUGGGUCGCCUAUGCAAGUUUUGGCAUCAAAGUUGAGGGCCGUGAAGCAGGUACUGAGGCAAUGGUCUAAGCUUAAGUUUGGUGAUAUUUUUGAGACAGUUCGGGUCGCUGAGAGCGAGUUGGUGGAUGUAGAGACAAAGUAUGACUUGGACCCUUCGGAUGCAUUGCGAAACUCGAAGUUUUUCCAUUCAGUAGUGGCAGAAAGAAGACGGCGGUCAGUGAUUCAUCGAGUGAGGGGGUCAGACGGAGAGUGGCUCGACGAGGAGGCGCGAAUUGGUGAGGCGGCUGUUACUUUCUUCCAGGAGCUUUUCACGGCGGAGACAGUUCUCCCGGCAACUGGUUUAUUGGAAAACAUUCCGAGUUUAGUCUCUGCCCAAGACAACGUUAUUCUAACAGAGAUCCCGCGGCUCGAAGAGGUUAAGGACAUAGUGUUUGCCCUAGAUGAGGAGAGUACGGCGGGGCCGGAUGGGUUCACUGGGAAGUUCUUCACUUUUGCGUGGGAGGUGGUGGCCAUGGACGUGUAUCAGGCAGUGGUAAGCUUUUUCUGUGGGGCUGAAAUCCCUAGGAACUUCAUGGCAACAUCGAUUGUGCUGCUGCCUAAGGUGGAACAUCCUCAGGAUUUCACCCAAUUUAGGCCUAUUAGUCUCUGUAAUUUCGCUAAUAAGAUCAUUUCGAAGCUUCUUUCGGAGAGACUAGCUAAGAUUUUGCCCCGGCUCAUAUCCCCACAACAGAGUGGUUUUGUGAAAGGGAGGCAGAUUGCGGAUAACUUUUUACUUGCUCAGGAGUUGGUGUCAGACAUUACGAGGUCUAAUCGGGGUGGGAAUGUGGUGAUUAAGCUGGACAUGAUGAAGGCGUACGAUAGAGUUUCGUGGCCGUUUCUGCUACAGGUCCUUCGCCGCUUUGGGUUCUCUGAGACUUGGAUUGAUAUGAUUUGGCGUCUGGUCUCUAACGUCUGGUUCUCGGUUUUGGUCAACGGCGCACCUCAAGGAUUCUUUAAAUCAUCACGGGGCCUCCGGCAAGGGGAUCCCAUUUCACCGGCCUUAUUUGUCCUCGGCGCUGAGGUGCUAUCUCGCACCUUGAAUACGGUGGCCAGCCAGCGACAGUUUGUUCCUUUUAAGGUCCCUCCUCGGUGCCCUGUUAUAACGCACUUGGCGUACGCAGAUGAUGUUAUCAUUUUCUCCAGUGGUGCGCGGUCCUCGUUAAAUCUGAUUAAGAGGGUCCUGGAAGGGUUUCCGGCACCGAAGGCAGCAGUGAUUGGCCAGGUGCUAGGAUUUCAGAGGCGGCCGUUUCCGGUUAAGUACCUAGGUUGUCCUUUGUACGUGGGACGGAGGAAGAAGAUCUACUUUGCGGACGUCUACAAUGCGGUGGUGGCUCGGAUCUUAUCAUGGAAGCAUAAACUUUUAUCUGUGGGAGGUCGGGUGGUGCUAAUUCAGAGUGUGUUAGCCUCAAUGCCCGUUCACUUACUCACAGCCGCUUCUCCACCAAAGGGGGUCAUUGUGGCAUUGGAAAGGGUGUUCGCCGAUUUCCUGUGGGGGACGUCUGGCUUUGGGACUAGGUUUCACUGGAUUCGGUGGGAGGCAUUGUGUAGGCCGCGAGAGGAGGGAUGGAUUGGCUUGCGUGGGCUGAAAGAUGUGCACGACUCGUUCUCGGUUAAGCUUUGGUGGAAUUUCAGGCAACAGGCGUCACUCUGGGCAGAGUUCAUGGCAGGGAAAUAUUGCGCGGGUUUGCAUCCUUGCCUGGCAGAAGCAAGCCAGCGGGGAUCCCUCACAUGGAAGAGAAUAAGUUCAGUACAGCAGGUGGCGGAGGACAGCAUCAGUUGGGUUGUUAAUGCGGGUUUGAUGGACUUCUGGCAUGAUAAUUGGUUGGGGACUGGUGCGUUAUGUCAGAAGGUGGAGAUCUUCCAUGACCACCUGGUUGCUGAUUUUGUUGACUGCGGGGCUUGGAACAUUGUCAUGCUUAAUCAGUAUUUGGAUGCAGGUUCGGUGGCGAACGUCCUUGCUAUGGACCCACCGACAUUUCAGGAUCCUGAUAGAAUGGUUUGGGCUUUGACUCCAUCUGGCAGUUUCUCCACGGAAUCAGCUUAUUCCCUCGUCCGGCAAGGUGGUCACCGAUCGUGGAGUGCGGCAGCCAUCUGGCACCAGUGUAUUCCACUAAAAAUCUCUUUCUUCAUGCUGAGGCUGAUGCAACACAGGCUCCCUACCAUGGACAGACUAAGGGGGGCUGGGGUUCAGGGCCCUUCUCGCUGCUGGUGUUGUCUAGAACCCAGGGUGGAGGACUUAGAUCACAUUUUUUGUGCUGGAGAGGGGGCAAAACGAGUCUGGCGUCAUUUCGAGAUGCGGCCGGGGGAAAUGGGGCCGAUAUAUACGGCGCGGCAUAUGAUUUGGCUUUGGUGGAUUCGGAGCGGAAAUACGGAAGUCUUGAAAUGUUUAUAUAGGAUCCUCCCCGCGGUGGUUUGCUGGGAAUUAUGGAGAGCGCUGAAUAGGGGUGUGUUUGAAGGACAACGACUGAAGAUUAGGGCAACUGUGACUCGGAUCGUUCAGUUACUGGGCGAGCUCUUGCGGACCCGUUUUCCAUGGGUGCGGUUUACAUCCUCGUAG